CGUGCAGCUUGCUCCUCGAGCGCUCUGUGGCCUGUGGCGGCUCUGAGAGAGGCACCGGACACUCCUGGCGCUCCCGACGAGGGCCCUCAGUCCUCCCUGUCUGUUUCUUGUCGGUCCCACUGAAGCUCUGAGUCGAGUGGAGACUUCAGAGAAGCAUCUUGACCUUGCUGCCGCUCUGUCGUUUCUCUUCACUGUUUUGUUUGUUUCCACGCGAAUCUUUUUUUUCCUUCUGCUUGCCAAAAGUGUACUUUGCCCUUUGUCUAGUUUCUUAGGUCGAAAACCUAGGAUCUUGGUUUGAGUUCUUUUCUGGUACAGGAGUUUAAAGCGGUCCGUCUUCCUCAGAGUGCUGGGAGUGCGGGCCUGCAGCCGGGGAGUGGCACGGAGAGCCCGCAGCCGAGAGGCGAGGGCCCGGCCGGCUCCUUGACGAGGGACUUCUGGCGUCCGGAACCGUGAGACGGGGAGUUUCUGUCGUCGUGAUUCACCCAGUUUAUGACGCUCUGUCACGGCAGCCCAGAAAACUGAAUCAGGCGGUGCCCGCGAAGGGGGAGCCGAAGCAGGACUGCGGCAUGAAGACCGAGCUGCUGAGAGAGGAAGAGAUCUCCAUGGCCGCUGAGGAAGGCUCAGCAGAGAAGCUGGGAGGAGGGGCCCAUGUGGCCACAGACGGGGCCACCAACGGGACCUUAGAGAGGAGUGACGGAAGCAGGCACGCCAGCACAGCCGAGCACACGCAGGAACACGCGAAAGUCAGCUCGCAGGAAGGUCCCAACAAGCUGACGCGGGUCGCGGAGAAUGGGGUUUCUGAAAGGGAGGCUGAAGCCGGGAAGCAGAACCACCACGUCCCAACUGAUGACCCCACACAGACAGCUGUCAUUGGGAGCAACGGCUACUUCCUGAGUAAGCCGGCCCUGCAGGAGCCGGCCCCACGGGGCCCCAGCAGCUUGGCGCCCUCCCUCCCUGGGCAUGCCGCGAAGACCCUCCCGUCUGCAGCUGGCAGAGGGCGGACUCCCAGCAUGCUCUCCCAGAUGCCAGCCGCCACAGCGCCAGCCCGGCCUGGGGAAGGGGGCAGAGACACGGAGGACAAGAAGCCCGUGGCCCCUAGUGCCGAUGUCAAGGUUCAUAGGGCUCGGAAGACCAUGCCGAAGUCCAUCCUGGGCCUGCAUGCAGCCGGCAAGGAGCCCAGAGAAGCUCGAGACCACGAGGAGCCAAGAGAGGAGCUCGGCAAACACGCACCUGAUUUUGGACGGCAGCAGCUUUUGCCCCCCUUCCCCCCCCUUCAUCAGUCGCUACCUCAGAACCAGUGCUACGUGGCCACCACCAAGUCACAGACAGCUUCCUUGCCUUUUGUUUUAGCAGCUGCAGUGUCUCGGAAGAAAAAACGAAGGAUGGGAACCUAUAGCCUGGUUCCUAAGAGAAAGACCAAAGUGUUAAAACAGAGGACGGUGAUUGAGAUGUUUCAGAGUAUAACUCAUUCCACUGUGGGCACCAAGAGUGAGCAGGACCUGGGUGACGGCGCCCUGCACGUGAACGGGGAGAGCGUGGAGCUGGACUCGGAGGAGGACGACUCCGAGGAGCUGGACGAGGACGAGGACCAGGGGUCCGAGCAGGCGGCUGCGUUUCCCCUGGAGGACAGCAGGACUUCCAAAGAGAGCGUGUCGGGGAGUGACCGCACCCAGAAGAUGGAUGGAGAGUCGGAAGAGGAGCAGGAGUCGGCCGGCACCGGGGAGGAGGAGGAGGAGGAUGGAGACGAGUCUGACCUGCUUCUCGAUGUCCGCAGUAGGCGGGCAGCCUGCGGCCCUUCAGUUAGACCAGUUACAGAGGGCGGCUGUUGGUGCUGUGCGUCUGUCUGUCGCUCCUGGCAGAGCUCAGAGUCCAGCAUCAGGAAGAAGUUUCUCAAGAGGAGAGGCAAGCCCGACAGCCCCUGGGUCAAGCCCGCCAGGAAGAGGAGGCGGAGAAAUAAAAGGAGGCCGAGCAGCGCGCUAGGUUCCGACGCAUACAUGUCGUCAUUGGGAAGCGCAGAGCCUGCGGCACCGGGAGACAGCGUGGGGUACAUGGAAGUUUCUCUGGACUCCCUGGACCUCCGCGUCAAGGGGACGCUGCCUUCACAAGGAGAAGGGCUGGUCAGCGGUCCCGACGCAGGGGAGACGGAUGGCCUUCAGGAAGUGCCCCUGUGCAGCUGCCGGAUGGAAACCCCGAAAAGCCGAGAGAUCACCACGCUGGCCAACAACCAAUGCAUGGCCACGGAGAGUGUGGACCACGAGCUGGGCCGGUGCACAAACAGCGUGGUCAAGCAUGAGCUGAUGCGUCCGUCCAGCAAGGCGCCGCUCCUAGUCCUGUGCGAGGACCACCGGGGCCGGAUGGUGAAGCACCAGUGCUGUCCUGGCUGCGGCUACUUCUGCACAGCGGGCAGCUUCAUGGAGUGCCAGCCGGAGAGCAGCGUCUCGCACCGCUUCCAUAAGGCCUGUGCCUCGCGAGUCAGUGGUGCCAGCUACUGUCCCCACUGCGGGGAAGAGGCCUCCAAGGCCAAGGAAGUGACGAUUGCCAAGGCAGACACGACCUCCACCAUGACCCUGGCCCCGGGGCAGGAGAAGAAUGCCACGGGGGAGGGCCGGGCCGACACCACCACAGGCAGCGUUGCCGGCCCCUCGCUCUCCGAGGAUGACAAGCCACAGAGCAUGGCUGCCCCCAUACCCGAGAGCUUCGACCCUGCGGGGCCCGCUGGGCUGGCCAAGUCCGGACCUGGGAAGGAGACCUUGGAAAGCGCACUCAUCGCUCUGGACUCCGAAAAACCCAAGAAGCUCCGCUUCCACCCGAAGCAGCUGUACUUCUCUGCCAGGCAAGGGGAGCUGCAGAAAGUGCUUCUCAUGCUGGUCGAUGGCAUUGACCCCAACUUCAAGAUGGAGCACCAGAGCAAGCGGUCCCCACUGCACGCCGCAGCAGAGGCUGGCCACGUGGACAUCUGCCACAUGCUGAUCCAGGCAGGAGCGAAUAUCGACACCUGCUCAGAGGACCAGCGGACCCCACUGAUGGAGGCGGCAGAGAACAACCACUUGGAUGCUGUGAAAUACCUCAUCAAGGCCGGGGCCCUUGUGGACCCGAAGGAUGCGGAGGGCUCCACCUGUUUGCACCUGGCCGCCAAGAAGGGCCACUACGACGUGGUGCAGUACCUGCUCUCAAACGGACAGAUGGACGUCAACUGCCAGGAUGAUGGUGGCUGGACGCCCAUGAUCUGGGCCACCGAGUACAAGCACGUGGACCUGGUGAAGCUGCUGCUGUCCAAGGGCUCCGACAUCAACAUCCGGGACAACGAGGAGAACAUCUGUCUCCACUGGGCAGCCUUCUCAGGCUGCGUGGACAUCGCCGAGAUCCUGCUGGCCGCCAGGUGCGACCUGCAUGCCGUGAACAUCCAUGGGGACUCGCCGCUGCACAUCGCCGCCAGAGAGGACCGCUACGCCUGCGUGGUCCUCUUUCUUUCUCGGGACUCAGAUGUCAACCUGAAAAACAAGGAGGGGGAGACGCCGCUGCAGUGUGCGAGCCUCAACUCUCAGGUGUGGAGCGCGCUGCAGAUGAGCAAGGCGCUGCAGGACUCGGCCCCGGACCGGCCGGUCCCCGUGGAGAGGACCGUCAGCAGGGACAUCGCUCGGGGCUACGAGCGGAUCCCUAUUCCCUGCGUCAAUGCCGUGGACAGUGAGCCGAGCCCUAGCAACUAUAAGUACGUCUCCCAGAACUGCGUGACGUCCCCCAUGAACAUUGACCGGAACAUCACGCACCUGCAGUACUGCGUGUGCAUCGACGACUGCUCCUCCAGCAACUGCAUGUGCGGCCAGCUCAGCAUGCGCUGCUGGUACGGCAAGGACGGCCGGCUGCUCCCCGAGUUCAACAUGGCAGAGCCGCCCCUGCUGUUCGAGUGCAACCAUGCCUGUGCCUGUUGGAGGACCUGCCGCAACCGCGUUGUGCAGAACGGCCUGCGGACGAGGCUACAGCUCUACCGGACACAGAACAUGGGCUGGGGCGUGCGGUCCCUGCAGGACAUCCCCGUGGGCACCUUCGUCUGCGAGUACGUGGGUGAGCUCAUCUCUGAUUCCGAGGCCGACGUCCGGGAAGAAGAUUCUUACCUCUUCGAUCUGGACAACAAGGACGGGGAGCUGUACUGCAUCGACGCGCGCUUCUACGGGAACGUCAGCCGCUUCCUCAACCACCACUGCGAGCCCAACCUGGUGCCUGUGCGUGUGUUCAUGUCCCACCAGGACCUGCGCUUCCCCCGGAUCGCCUUCUUCAGCACCCGCCUGAUCGAGGCCGGGGAGCAGCUGGGGUUCGACUACGGACAGCGCUUCUGGGACAUCAAGGGCAAGCUGUUCAGCUGCCGCUGCGGGUCCCCCAAGUGCCGGUACUCCAGCUCCGCCCUGGCCCAGCGGCAGGCCAGCGCCGCGCAGGAGGCCCAGGAGGACGGCCUGCCCGACACCAGCUCCUCCAGCACCGGCUCCCGAUGAGGUGCCGCCGGGCGCCGUCCACGCUGCGGUUCAGGGGACGGGAAGUGCUCGCCUGUGGCACCCGAGGGCCACGCCAGGCGGCGGUGCUGAGCCGGGCCCGCACAGAGCCACCCCCUGGACACUGCGGUGCCACGCUGGCACAGACUCGUGUCUCUGAUGGCGGCUUUGUCGUUCCACGUCCCCCGCUGCCUCUCUGCUCCCUGUGGGUCCCGUCCCACCGCUGGGCUGGUGGGCAGCGUCCAGUCGGCCCAGGAGCCUGCGUUCGGCAUCUGCCGAAGCCGCCCUCACCUGCCAGCUGCUCCGUUGGACCCACCGCCCGUGGUUCCCGUCGCUACACGUACACCGUCCCCGUCACCGUCUGACAGAGUCUGGGCUGAGCCACCACAGGUGGGAAAGUGUGGGUUUGCUUUUGGAGAAACCCCACGUGCGGUCCUCUGCCGGGCCUGCCGCACUCUGCCCCUCUGGGGGAGACACCGCGCGGGCCGCGCCGGCCCUUGUCGAUUCGAGUCCCGCGCUGCGAGGAGGAGUGAACUGAUUGAUUUCCUACCGCUACCGAACAUUAGGACAACGGAGAAUAAAACACAAACCACAGACAACGGUGCUGAUUCUGGUGUGGCUUCUACUCACCAUGUGAAAUAAAUAUCAACUGUACAAAGAGAACAAAGUGAUUUUAGAAUAAAACGCAGGAAAACUUUUUUAAAACAUUAGUCUCGUAGUGUGGAUAAACUCGCCAUCGCCUUUUGUGUGGUGGCCUGCGGGUCAUACCUUUUUUUUGGCAUAUACUUUUUUAAAGACUGUAACUAGUGCAGUAACAGUGGGGUUUUUUGUGCAACUUCUAAAACAUUCAUAAUGCAGUCAUGUUUAUUUUUUUCUGUUAAAAUGUUUUUGACAGUUUUAAGAGCAGUCUUUUGGCUCAAGACCAUUUCUUGUUCUGUUUUCAAUGAAAUCAAUAAAAAAAAGAAAGACUUCCA